UAUGAAAACAACAGCUGACUGGAAGAAUUAAUGGGAACUAUUAUUCAGCCUUUUCCAAUGACCAAAAAACUGACAAAAUUCACCAAAUUUCUGAUUCCUUCGCCUCUAUUCUAUAACGUCUGACUCUUUCACGUCCCAAUCCAGUGAAUUUCCCUUUCAAAACCCACACAUUUUUCUUUUUUCCUCUUUGUGAAAAUCUCUUGAGCCGAUACUUGUGUGACUUGCUGUCACAAAAUCUGAAUGUGUACGUCGUCGUUGUAUCUCUCUCAUAAGAUUUUUGUCGGUUUUCCCACUCUAUUUAUAACCAUCCACGGGUAUCCUCCGCGAUGGUCUGUCUAUUUUCAGUUACACCAGAGAACCCAAACCAACAAACAAGGCAAAGGUUAUGCCGAUUAAGAAAUAAGUCUUAAGGAGGGCCUCAUCUUUUUUUCUAGCACUAAAACCUACCCCAUUUUCAUAUCCUUCAUGGUUACCAAGUAAGUGAAUUUACAAAGGGACAAGGGGGAUCCUUUUUAUUUUUAUUUCUUGUAAUGAUGCUUUGCUUCGUUUUGAUCAAUACCUGGCGAUAGUUAUUAUGGCUGUUCAAGCGCAGUUGUGUCGUGAAAAUAUGGGUGUGCCUUUGCCCAUGUGUGGCCUUCAGGAUUGGAUGGUAAACCCUGCACCUGCUGCUCCUUCAUUCCAAGCUGGUUCUAGUCUUCAAGACGUUCCUUUUCAUCCGCAUCAAAACGCUCAGAACUUGGUUCCCAUGGCAGUUUCUCAACCUUUAGAUGCUCAACUGGAGAUUCAAAGGCAGGAAAUUGAUUGCUUUCUUCAGUUACGGAAUGAGAGGCUAAGAUAUGUAUUACGAGAGCAAAAGAAGCAACAACAAACCAUUCUGCUAAAGAGUAUGGAAUCAAAGGCCUUGUAUUUGAUGAAGCGAAAAGAAGAAGAGUUGGCACGAGCAACAAAGAAAAAGAUGGAGCUUGAAGCCUGCUUAAGAAAAGUGGAAAUGGAAAGCGAGUCAUGGCAAAGACUUGCAAAAGCAAAUGAAGCGAAGGUUAUGGAUCUAAACAAAAGACUGGAACAAGUGAGAGAGAGCCUAAUUUGGGUCAGCAGUUCAGCUGAAGAUGGAGAAUCCUUUUAUUAUGGUUCGUGCGACAGAGAUGAAGAAGAAAGAGACAAUAACGUUCAAGAAGCAGACAGCAAGAAAAAGAUGGCUUGUAAGCACUGCAACACUAGGAGCUCAUGCGUUCUGUUUUUACCUUGCAGACACCUUUGCUCCUGCAACUCUUGUGAAGCAUUUCUUGUUUCUUGUCCUGUCUGUGGAUCUGUGAGGGAGGCAAGCAUUAAGGUGUAUUGGGUCUAACUCUUAACUCUUGCAACACUAGGAGUUCAUGCGUUCUCUUUUUACCAUGCAGACAUCUUUGCUCCUGCACCUAUUGUGAAGCAUUUGUUGUUUGAAGGAGGCAAGCAUUAACGUGUUUUGUGUCUAACUCUUAAGUCUAUGGUUUUGGGAGAAGCACACUUGUUCAUAGGUGAACCGUCAUCAUGUGUUUUCGUUUGUAUUUUACUUUACUUACAGUAGUGGUUUGGUGAGUUCCGAACAAAAGAAAAAGGUAAUGGUUUGGUGAUUAUCUUUUUCAAUUUUUA